AUGAAAUUUAACGGUGACAAUGACAUCUUGAAACUUCGACAAGCCAUGCGAGUCAAGAUUUAUAACAUUUUACAGCAGAAACAACCGUCUCCAGCUGAUGAUGCAUCAAAGGCCAAGUAUAUGGGUGUUGCUAGACGCUUAGAGGAGGGGCUAUUUAAAGUUGCUAACACAAAGGAAGAUUACAUGAACCAGUCAACCCUUGAACCUCGUUUAGCAAGCCUAAUCAAAGGCAGACAGUUGAAUUCGCAACCGAGACACACGAGGAACUUCUCUAUGAAAAAGAGAAGCUUCUUGAGAAGGGCCGGGAGAUCGAUGGGAGACUGA